AUGUCCGAUCACAGCGAUAAUAUAAAUGACUUUUCAUCCGAUGAUGAGCAAGACAAGAAUAUUCUUAUCUUCCCCAAGAAAAGUCACACAACUGCUUUUCCUGAGGUAAACGAUAUUGAGCAAUCUGAUGAGUCUGAAGGAGAACCUCAAGAGGAAACGGGUCAUGUCGUUGAUUCUCCAAAAGCUGAUGAAGAAGAAAGUAAAGACGGAGAGACGGGAAACGUUGGAGAGACAACGGAAGACAAAGCAUUGCGUUUGAGAAAGAGGUUAGAACUAGUUAAUGCAUUAAAGAAAUCGAAGCACAAGACUGGCGUUAUCUACUUAUCGAGAAUCCCACCGUACAUGAAGCCUGCUAAGAUGAGGCAGAUCCUUUCCCGUUUUGGCCAGCUGGACAGGCUGUUUUUGAAAAGGGAAGAUGAGAGCAAGUACAGGCAGAGGAUCAAGGGCAACGGUAAUAAGAAGAACAUGUACGAGGAAGGGUGGGCCGAGUUCAUACGGAAAAGAGACGCCAAACUAUGCGCCGAGACACUAAACGGGAAUAUCAUUGGUGGGAAGAAGGGUACAUUUUACCAUGACGAUAUAUUGAACGUUAAGUACCUGCCAGGGUUCAAGUGGGCGGAUCUGACGGAACAGAUUGCCAGAGAAAACGAUAUAAGGCAUGCAAAACUAGAGAUGGAGAUUUCCCAGGCGAACAAAUUGAACGCAGAGUUUAUCAGAAAUGUGGAGAAGAGCAAGAUGCUAUCCAACAUGAACAAAGCAAAGAAGAGGAAGGCCCAAAAAGAGGACCAGAAGGAACCAUCUGAUGAAGACGUAGAAAGACAAAGAGAGCAGCAGUAUAAAAGGUUCCAACAGCACAAGGUUUCCACAAACAGGGCCAGUGCUCCUGAGAACAUAAAACAGACCAAGUCGUCAGAUACUCUUGGGAGUGUCUUGAGUAAUCUUCUGUAA